UACAAAAUGAUAGUCCUGUAUUCAAGUAUCACUCUCAUACUUGCGGUUGUGUAUUCACUGUAUUACUAUGUAACUAAGAAUCACGAUUAUUGGAAGAGGAGAAGGGUGCCCUAUUUAAAACCCACAUUAUGGUUCGGAAAUUAUAUGAAUUAUAUUUUAUUUAGAAGAAAUUUGCCGAAAGUCACGCAGGAGAUUUGCAGGAAAUUUCCAAAUGAGCCAUACGUCGGAGUUUUCUAUGGCACGGAUCCCGCUCUCAUCAUCAAAGACCCUGACCUUAUCAAACUCGUAAUGGCAAAAGAUUUUUGUUACUUCACCCAUAGAGAGCUAUCUCAGCACACACACAAGGAGUUAAUUACGCAGAAUAUGUUCUUCAAUGGAGGUGACACGUGGAAAGUUCUACGUCAAAAUUUAACGGCCCUCUUUUCAUCCGCCAAAAUAAAAAAUAUGUUUCCUUUAAUUCAAUCUUGUGCGAGUACUUUGGAAGACGCUCUGAGUAAAGAAAUAACCAAUCAAAAUACAGUCGAGAUCAAGUCUCUUUUAGCGAGAUACACAAUGGACUGCAUUGGUUCUUGUGCUUUUGGUGUAAACACUGGUACGUUAAUGAACAAAUCACCGUCUAACCCGUUCAUCAUAAUGGGCGAAAAAUUAUUUGAUGUUUCAAACUAUGGAGGAUUUCGAUGGGUCAGCCGUGCGAUGUGGCCCUCCCUCUUUUACAAAUUAGGUUUCACACUGUUCGAACGUGAUAUACAGAUUUUUUUCCAAAAAUUACUAACCGAAGUUUUUGAAAGCCGAGAUUACAAGGAAUCGGCGAGGAACGAUUUUGUUGAUCUUAUCUUGGGUUGGAAGAAAAAGACAUAUUUGAGUGGCGACAGCAUAACCAACUCCAACACUGGAGCUAAGACAACAGUAAGCCUGACUGUAGAUGACAAUCUACUGAUCGCUCAGUGCACACUCUUCUUUGCUGCGGGAUUUGAAACGACAUCGACUACGACAAGCUUUUUACUUUACGAACUAGCAAAGAGAAAAGAUGCUCAGAUCCGAGUGCUUCAAGAAAUCGACGACUAUUUCCAAAGACACGAAGGCAAGUUACAAUACGAGUGUAUCAAUGAGAUGCCGUUUGUCCAAGCGUGCAUCGACGAAACGCUUCGUAUUUAUCCAGUUCUGGGUAACCUUACUCGCGAAGCUGGCGAAACCUACACUCUUCCUACGGGUCUAUGUUUAGAGAAAGGAACGCGAGUUCAUAUACCUGUAUAUAAUUUGCAUCAUGACCCAGAUAACUUUCCGGACCCUGAAGAAUUUCGCCCAGAACGGUUCUUUGGUGAUGAAAAAAAGAACAUCAAACCGUUCACCUAUGUGCCUUUCGGUGAAGGACCUCGAAUAUGUAUAGGAAUGCGGUUCUCCAAGAUGCCGAUAUUUGCGGCUCUCUUCACUAUAUUAAAGAACUAUAGUGUCGAGCUGGCUGAGGGCAUGCCUCGAACUGUUGACUUUGAACCCCGAGCCUUCGUAACUCAGGCUAUGGGAGGAAUUCAUAUUAAGUUUAAACGUCGUAAGGCAUAAAUUAAGUACAAAAGAAUUUAAUAAUAAUUAUUAUUUAUAUAAGAGCUUGUUUUAAAGUCAGAAUUCUUACGUUCAUUUAUUUUUUAUUGCUAUUUUUGUUAAUAGCCAGUGUUCAAAAUUUAGUA